AUGGCUACUGGAACACGUCCAACCAAACCAACCGUGUUUGAUCCACAAAAACUGAAGGAAAAAGGAAAUCGUCGACCUGAAGGAUCGUCGAAUUCAACUUCAAGUGGUUCAUUACCAAAACGAUAUCAGAGUGUUUUUAUAGAAGGUACGCCAUUAACUUCAUUCGGCGUGCGCAAUGACGACAAUCAAUUGCGUACACAUUCGCCCUCUAAUCAUAUUCAAACACAAUCUCAUCAGCGUCCACUUAAGCCUGUCAAAGAAUUUCUUACUACAAAUGCGCCAACCGAUCAGCGAUUUGAUCAUCGUUGGCCUUCGAAUUCUCAAAUAAAUAAUCACGCACGAUCUCAAACUGAAACAACGAUACAAAACGUUAAUGUAGCUGUUUCGAAGUCAUUGAAGAAGUUACGUCAAGAUUCACCAGUUCCCAUUUCCACGACUAACGGUCGGUCAUCUUCGUUAGAUCAUGUCCCGUACUUUUCUCGACCGUCGACAAGUCAAACAACGUCUCAUUCGCAUCAUGACGUUGGGCCGACGUCGAAUUUCUAUUAUCAGACACCCGGCGGAAUCAGAGGUCCUCUUCCUGCUCAACUGAUCACCAAACGACCGUCAACAUCACGUCUAUCUAAUAACCAACUUUCAUCUGACAGUAGUCCAACAAAUGGACAUCAACCCAUCAUAAUAGCGCCUGCCCAAAAUACAGUCAAAUCCAUCGAUACCGGCCAUACACGUGCACUGACGGCGAUACGUGUACCUGCUCAAAGUCUAGACGUCAAUUUACAACAAGUGGAUGGCUUCAAUUUCGAUAAUGUAAAUGUUGAUGAACAUCCGGAUAAAUUAAAAAAAUCGAAAGCCGGGUCAGAUUCAUCCACAGUUACACGGUCUGUAUCUCGAAAGCAAUCAAUCACAUCACGUAUACCGACUGUGGAAAGUCAACAUCGUUCACUGCCAGAGGUCAGCAUUAAUCCACAUAUUCAGAGUGCAGUACCAACAAAUGAUGAAUCUAUGACAAAUGGUCUACCAAAUGAACAGACUCGUCCGGAAAUUCACGAAAGCUACGCAAUUUCUAACAUGAAUCUCGGAGAAAAAUAUACAAAUCAUCAUCAUAUACAAGUGGAACCCAUUGGUACAUUCAAACGUCCGUCAUCCCCUGUAAAAAGUCAACAAGUGAUUGAUAUUCGUCCGAAUGUCGUUGUUCAACACCAACGAUCCACAUCCAAAUCUGAUUUCGAUGCCAAUAAUCGUUAUUUCUCUGCUAAACAUCCACUCAGUAAUGGUCACGUUGAACGAAAUCACAUCAAUGGCGAAUAUCAAAGCCAAGAAAACACUCCGACAAAUAACGAGACCGAGAGUACAUCUACACUUAAAAAAUAUAUUGAACAAGAGCGUGAGGGUAAAGCCUCUUUAGUUUCUCCACCAUCACCAAUAACUCAAGAAUUAAAUCGCAUUUGGAAAAAGCAACGAAAUAAGUUUGUCAUUCGAUCUCCGACCGGAUCUCUAUCCCAUCGGAAGAGUUCAAAAGCACAUCGACCGCCGGGUCGACUGAAGAACUAUGACGACGAAUCCGAUUCCGAAACGACUGCAACUGAAACUCAGAGUCGAGAAGAAGAGAUGGUUCGUCGUCAUGGAGCGCCUCCCAGUGAUCUUGGUAGCGAUUUCUGGUCGGAUUUAACCAGUGAAUUUAGUGACACAAAAUUACGCAAACAUCCGAACAUUCGAACAUCGACACCGAAUAUAACCGCGCGCAGUUCAAGUAUGAGUUCAAAAGAGAUUGGACAAAUACGAAGACAAUUGACUGAUCUCCAAGCAAUGUACAAUGAUCUUCUUAAAUUACUUGAUGUGGAUGUUGAAUCUGUUCGUGGCAGUUUGAAAUCAAGUAUUUCUUCCCAAAUCGAUCAUAAUAAUCGAAGACAUCGAUUCCGAAAGAUCAUGCCAACACCAUCUCUACGACAGUCUAAUAUCGACAUGGGGGAAGUUAAUCAACGAUUUACUCGUCUUGAAUCAUCUGUGGUCACCUUAGCUGAAUCUAUUGCGAAGCUCUCUGCUCAAAUUCAAAAUCAGCGCACUGUCAAAGAUGAUGUGUUUCGCCUUCGUCAAGAAGUAUCUGAUCUUCGUCAACAAUUAUAUCAUCAUUAUUCCCGCCAACCAUCAGCAAUGCAAUCUGAUCUAACCUCGACGACACCUCAGCAACCAUCCCGUUUACUUACUGCGAAUGUGCAACGUCUCGCUACGAUUAACAGUAGCAAUUAUUUGAAUUACUCUUCGUCCUAUAUGCCCUCGACAUCGACGAUCCAACGAUCAAAUUCGGUGAUCGAUCCACGACAAGCACGAAAAAUUGAACAAUUUUUCGGUCCUGAAGCAAUGCUUCGUUAUUUCUUAAGUCUAUUGAAUUAUGAAGAAUAUGCUUCAUUACUCGAACGAGAAAAAAUUGGAUUCUAUGAAUUACCGUACAUCAGCGAAAAGAAAUUGCAAAGUCUAGGCAUUCCAUAUGGACCAUGUGCUCGAAUUGUUUAUGAAGCACAACAAUAUUUCAUAUCUUUAUUGACAUUAAAAUCGAGUGGAAUUGAUGUAUAA